AUGACUCAAACUGGAAAACCAGUGGAACUUGCAACAGUGGAUGAUUCCAACGAUAUGAAGAACAACAGGGAUAGCGACACCCACACUCCCGAGGAAGAACUGCCUCCGGCUUAUGACGAACUUGACGAUACGGCAAUGUCAGAUAGCAAUGUCCAAGUUCCAGAACCUCCUCUUUCACACGCUCUAUCUGUCAUUGACGACCCCGAGACUAUUUUAGACAGUAAUUUGGGAAAAGUUGAUGAACAAGUCAUUGACACGAAAACAUUCCAAUGGGAAAUCUCAAACUGGUCGGAUCUACCACCUCGUAUCGAAAGCUCAGCCUUUGAAGCAGGCGGAUAUCACUGGAGCAUCUUGCUUUUCCCUCGUGGAAAUAACCAAGCUGAAACCGUAUCGGUGUAUAUAAAGUUGGCAGACAUCGCGACCGACACUGAAGCGUAUGCCUGUGCUCAAUUUGGGAUCUUUGUAUCGAGACCAUCAGAUCCAACGAAUUAUAAUUGCCUUUCUGCUUGUCAUCGAUUCACGCGAUCCGCAUCUGAUUGGGGCUUUCUGCGCAUGGUAUCCAUCGAUCGACUACUGGAUGAUGAUUCUCAAACCUACCGCGCAGCAGCACUUUUAGAGAAUAAUUGUAUUAGAAUCACGGCCAUCGUUCGGGUGGUCAAAGAUGAAACCGGCGUACUUUGGCAUAACUUUCUCGACUACGAUUCCAAAAAGACGACUGGCUUUGUGGGAUUAAAAAACCAAGGUGCCACAUGUUACAUGAACUCACUCUUUCAGUCUUUGUACUGCACAAACUAUUUCCGUAAAGCCGUUUAUCAAAUUCCGACCAACGACGAUGAUCCGACUGGAAGCAUUGCUUAUGCUUUGCAAAGAUUGUUCUACAACCUACAAUCAAGCAUUGACUCUGUUGAUACGGUCGAAGUAACGAGAUCGUUUGGAUGGGAUUCCUCCGAAGCAUUUAUGCAACACGAUGUUCAAGAAUUCAAUCGAAUACUCCAGGAGACACUCGAAACCAAGAUGAAGGCAAAUAUUCGAGGAUUGAUGGCUAAUACUCCGGCUGAUGGAGCUAUCAAAAAGCUUUUCGUUGGCCGUAUGAGAAGCUACAUCAAGUGCAUCAACGUCACAUACGAAUCUUCUAGAAGCGAAGACUAUUACGAUAUUCAGUUGAAUGUGAAAGGAUGCAGUACGCUUGCGGACUCGUUUGCCGAUUAUAUCGCAGAGGAAACGUUGGAGGGAGAGAAUAAGUAUAGUGCCGAAGGUUAUGGCUUACAGGACGCCAAAAAGGGCGUUAUUUUUGAAAGUUUUCCUCCUGUGCUACAUCUUCAGCUCAAGCGCUUUGAAUACGAUAUCAAUCGCGAUGCUAUGGUCAAGAUCAAUGAUAGGCACGAAUUCCCAUUGGAAAUUGACUUGGAGCCAUACCUUGAUUCCAGCGUUGAUCGUUCAGAACCCCACAAGUAUAUCUUGCAUGGUGUUCUGGUACACUCGGGUGAUUUGACAGCAGGCCAUUACUUUGCAUUUGUCAAGCCUACAAAAGAGGAUCGAUGGCUGAGAUUUGACGAUGACCGAGUUAUCCCAGUAGCCAAGAAGGAAGUCUUGGAGGCUAAUUACGGUGGCGAGUUCUUGGGAGGAAAUUAUCAUGGUUUCAAACGGUUCACAAAUGCGUACAUGUUGGUGUAUAUUCGACAAUCCAUGCAGGAUGAAAUCCUUGCAGAUGUUUCCGAGCACGAUAUUCCUAGACACUUGGUGACAAAAUUGGAGGAGGAACGCAAGAAAAAGCAUGAUGAGGACAAGGAAAAGAGCGAGGAACAUUUGCACAUACGGGUUCAGAUCAUCACUGAAAAGGCGUUUGAAUUGAACGAAGGAUUCGACUUUAUACCGAAAAAUGACCAUCUUUGGGGCGACGAGUCCACUUCUCCGAUUCAAGGACUGAAAGUGCGGAGAGCCAUGAAGUUUGGAGAGUUCAAGGAUUUACUGGCAGAAAAGCUUGCUACUCCUAAAAACCAAUUCAGAGUAUGGUCUAUUGUGAACCGCCAGAACCGUACCAUCCGAGCGGAUGAUCAUAUCGUCGAGGCCAAUAAUGAAGAUCAAACAAUCAGUGAUAUCCUGAAUCGUUAUCUGACAAACCAUGCACUUUUGCGCAUAUUCGUGGAAAGGAUUUCUACCAAUGACCAGCCCGAUGAAGGCCAAUAUCCACCGCUCGUACCCGUUACAGAUAAUCUGGUAUUCAUCAAAUACUUUGAUCCAGAGAACCAACUGAUCAGUGGUAUGGGGUAUCUCUAUGUAAACAAAACAGACAAGAUUGGAUCUAUCUCGGAUAGAGUGAAAAUGAUGAUCGGCUAUGAGCUUGAAGCCAAAGUUGAUUUAUAUGAGGAAAUCAAGCCCAAUAUGACCGACAAGAUGGAUAUGGAAAAGACGUUUGAACAAGCAGAGAUACAGCAUGGCGAUAUCAUUUGUGUACAAAAGACCCUUACAGAAGAAGAGCAAGCCCAGCUUAUCAAGGACGAAAAGUAUCCAACGAUACCCGACUUUUUGGACUUUAUGUUCCGCAGAGUGGACGUAAUCUUUACUCCACGCAACCGAGACCCGAGCAUGGAGUUCAAGCUAACACUCAAGAAAAACAUGCAGUAUGCCCAAGUAGUCCAGCGGGUCGCCGACAAGCUGCAAGCCAACCCUCAAAAGGUACAGCUUUUCACACCGCCUGAAGCGCACGCAAAUGAAGAGCCAUUGCCAAUUCCGCCCAACUCACCCCAUUUGCUUGGAGAAAUCCUGCGCCAUAUUGGCGGUGGCAUGAUCAGUGCCAACCCCAUGCUGGUAUAUCAAGUCCACGAUAUCUCGCUUGCCGAGUUGGAAAUGAAACGUACAUUGGAAAUCACCCUGUGCACGCCCACGCUGAGCGAUACCAAUACGAUCAAGGUGUUGGUCUCCAAGCGUGGCUGCAUUGCCGAUUUGCUCCAGGUGCUCCAAGCCCAAGGGGCUACUUUCAGAUCCGAUAGUGGCACACGGCAGGCGCGUAUCUUUCAAGCAUUGAACAAUAAAUUCCAUCGUGAGUUUGUGGACUCUGAUCCAAUUACGGCAAUCAGCGAUAGUCAAAUAGCACGUCUCUAUGCAGAGGAGGUACCUCAAGAGGAGCUGGAGAUGUACGAUGGAGAAGAAGGGCAGCCUUUCUAUCUACCUGUAUUCCACUACCAACGAGACCUACAGCGUACUCAUUCUGUUCCAUUCCAACUAUUACUCAAAAAGGAUGAGGAGUUCAGUGAGACCAAGAAACGACUUCAGCUUCGCACAGGAAUGAAUGACAAGGACUGGAGCAAGGUCAAGUUUUCCAUGGUCUCGGCACGCUCUAGCAAGCCUAUACAAGAGGACGCUAUCAAGCUGUGGGAUGUUUUGUUGCAACUGGAUGAGCAGAGUGCGCUUGGAUUGGAUCAUAUCGACAAGUUGGGUCGUGUACGCUCUGUGUUUGACAAACCGUUAUCCAUCCGCGGUUAA